CACACAGCCUCGCUCAUACACACACAGCCUCUCUCUUACACACACACACAGCCUCGCGCACACACACAGCCUCACCUCCACACAGCCUCACACAACCUCACCUACAUAGCCUCAACAAUACACAUACAGCCUUACCUACACCCAUACAGCGUCAGAGUCUUAUCAUUUACAACACCAACCAUCCAGACAGCCUCGUCCUCCUAAAACCGCAGCUUUGCACAUCCACAACCUCGCGUGCAGCCUCAAAGCGCGUAAAGAAUCACACUUCAUCUUUACGGCCCAACACGGCAGCCUAAAUCCCCAUACAUAUUCAUUCGCCCUCGUAUACAUCGUCACCUCCAGCUUCACCCAUCUACAGCCUCCCCGUGUGUGUGUCAACACAACCCACUCGCCUCGUCCCCACUUUACAAAGGAAUAGAGCUCCCCGAGAGAAGCCGUGGCUUGCGAUGGAAGAGGCGAAUUCGAUUCUCACUCGAGACGUGGGAAGACUUCUUGCAGUUGAAGUUUCUUUUAAUCUGGGACCCCAACACGACCCUCCUCAGCUCCUGGCACCAUGCAGCAGCUGGACUCGCUGGAGGCUCGGGCCGUUGAGCUGGCACGGCUGCAGCUGUCAGCGCAGAGGAAGGAUGACGAUCUGCGGGACGCGUACGCCGAAGUCCUUCGCCUCCGUCGGCGCAGAGAUGCCCUGCGCCAGCAGCUCGCCCACAGACCCCGCAAGAUUUUGGCAGAUGUGGUAAAGUCACCCACAACGAGAAUACCACGGGAUUCCACCACCGAGCAGAAGCAAGCCGUCCUGAGGGCUAAAACCAUCAAACUACAAUCCAUGAUGCAUCUCUACAGUCUGGCAGGCAUUACUGCACAGCCGAUAUGGGAAAAGGGUACGGUGAUUUUCACGCUGGGAACGGCAUUUGGGGACGAGUACUACGAGAGCUACAUUGUGGAGGUGAAAAAGCAAGAUCCUCCGCUUCUGCUCCGACACUCCUUCCCGCAGUUUGUGCCGCUCAAGGAGCUGACAGAGAAGCACCUGGCCAAGAACCUACAGCAUUUCAUUUGGGUCCUCGGCGAUUACCUCAAUGCUUUUGUUGCGCGCAGAGAGCAAGUCGAACGCACCAAGAGCAAGUUCUCGGAUAUGCUGGUGGGCAGCUUUUCCCGCAACGCUGCAAUCACCACCAUGCACUUUAAGUAUCGGCUCACAUUUGAAGAGCAAAACUGUGUGGUAGCAGCCCGUCUGGAGUACUCCAGCUUGUUGAGAGUGCUACCUGGCACCGUCACUCUCUCAUUGAAAGGGGUGCAAGAUAUCUCCUCAAACCUUGAAAUGAUUCUGGAGAAACAAGAGCAAGAGUUUAAGUCAAAACUUCUUUUUGAGGCUUUUGACAAUAUAUAGAUUUCUUGCAAAAAGUCAUCCUGGGACUCAAAUAAUUCUAGUUACGUUUAAAGAAGUAACCAUUGCCCUUUGCAGUAUUUAACAAAGAGCUGGACCAGAUGGUAUUAUGCAAUUCAGAGAAUCAGGACCAUUUGGAUUAAAAUUAGCAGUCCUCUUCACGAAAUGUUUAGCUGCAGUCGUACACUAAUUGAUAGUUAUGAGAGUUGGCAACAUUGGUAAAGAAAAGUCAUUUUUAAUAAAUUCCUUGUAUAUAUGCAAUUUUAUUCUCUAGUUUUUAGUUAAAUCACGUGUAGGAAAAUGUUCCUAGCAUCUACCUUGAGACUGCCAAUCUAAUAUGUCUUUGGCAAUCCUGAAAGAAAGCUCCUUUCCAUUCCAAACUCAAGAAUAGCUGUACAUUUUUUUGCAGCCAAGAGCACAUGGCCUUCUACACCCAUCAGGGACACCCUGGCAUCCAGAAUCGGGAACAACAUGAUCAAGUACAGAGAACCUAGCCACAUGCCCAAAAUGGUAUUGGUUGAGUGCUUGUCAUACAGGUAGAAAACGUUGUCUUUGGUUAUAUGAAGUCAUCCCACCAAGACUCCCCCCCCAAGAGUUUGUGAAGAGAUUUGGUGACGAAGAAAUUAAGCUGCCCUCAGAUGCCGUCGGCGUUGAAGUUGCUGAUCCAUAGAGGACAAGGAAGCACGCAAAACUUGAUGACGUGUAUAUUUAACAAUGCCGCUUUCCACGUUAUCCUUUUAAUGUAUUUAAUGUCAAGCAUUAAUGUCAAGCAUGACAUUAAAUACAGUAGUUGAUAAAUACAAAAAAAUACAAUAUUUCGAACUCGAAAAAUAGCUUCUUGCCUAUGUAACGGGCAAGAAUGAAAUAUUACGAAUUGAGUUACAAGAUACGGUCUGCUACUUGGAAGUGUUGAGGAUGUUGACUGCAGCAGCUGAGCCAUGCAGCAGAAGGAAGGACAGUGGCACGGUAUGGCAGCACCAAUGGCUGUCGUGACCUCGAUCUUGGAGAAAUUCAUAAAAUAGUUUUAUAUGACUUCCGUAAAGAUAUAUCAGCUGUUUAUUGACUAUACAUGGCUUUGUAUAUAUGCUAGAUUAAAAAUUUGUUUUAUAUUUACGCUUUCAAAUAUUUUAGCAUGUACGCUAGUCCUGUUUUGUCAAGAAAUAAACUGGCAAACAUAA